AUGAAACUUGUUAGUUUUUUAAUUGUUUUAAUCUUCAAUUUGAUUUUAUGGGAAUCUGUUAACACUACUCCUAUUCGAAAGAGGUUAGGUAAACCUGCUGAGAAGGAUUACUCGGCAACUGAACUAUUAAAUGAUGGGGCUGAAUCGUCGGUCAAUCCUCAAACUCAAAAAUAUAAAGAAACUUUAAAACCAAAAUUAAAAAUUACAAAUAAGGACAGAAACAAUGAGAAAGACAAAAAGUUUAACAGAAGUGAAUAUAAUAAAGAAUAUUAUCAGAAAAAUAAAGAAUAUCUUAAAAAUUACAAAAAACAAAAUAAAGAAAAGAUAAAUGAACUCAAUCGAAAUUACUAUCAAAGGAAUAAAGAUAGCAUAAUUAAGAAAAAACUUCAAUAUAUGAAAAUUCACCAACAUAAAAAUAAGGAAAGUAUACAGAAAUACAAGAAAAUGUAUUACCAAAAUAAUAAAAGAAAGUUGAAUGAAUACCAGCGAAAAUACCGUCAAAAUAAGAAAAACGUUCAAUCUGAUUAUAAUGAAGGAACUUCUUUUGUUAAUCCAAAAACUGGUGAUUUUACUAAUAAAGGUAAAUUAUCAAUUGUUUGCGAGGAGAAUUUUGAGGAAAGAAAUCUACUAAAUGAAGGAGAGGGAGAAUCCAAUGAUGCCGAAAAUGAGAAAAAUCAACUCGAGGUAGAAGAGCCAAAUAAAAUUCUUGAGGAUGACAGAAAUUCUGUUAAUUCAAAUAAUAAUAUGCAUUCUUUUGAUUUGAAUGAGAUACCUGAUGAUGAAAAAUGUGAAGAUGGAGGUAAAUUACGGAUUUUUUAUAUGUUGAAGUAA